AUGCUUAUACUUUAUUAUCCAAGAUUGCCGUUAGCAAAUCAAAAAACAUCGUUUGAUGAAGAACUCUUCUCUUUCUUCCGUUUACCGUUCUCACGUGUGACCUGCCAAUCUUCAUUUCACAGAAACGAUCACCCAUAUGUUAAUGUAUCUGAAACUGGUGCCAGGGAUAAAUCAAAUGAAGCAGAAAAAAGAACUUCUACAGAGUUCAGUCAGGCAUACAAAACAAACAAUAUAGUAUGUUAUGUCUGUGGCUGUAACUGCUCUCUCAUUGGUUCACGUGGACAUGAAGCAGUCUGUCUAAGAGACUGGUUGAAGGAGCAUCCUGGUAAUGAAGAUUACGCCCCUAUCCAGCCAGAAAAUUACCCUGAUCCUUUUAAUGCAACAGAUAAAAACAUAUUUCGCUACAACAGUAAAGCUGCAGAGAGUGCAAAUGACCUCUUCACUUAUGCACCUAGUGCAGUAGUACAAAGUAAGGAAGAUGUAAAAAGCAGAAAUUUUCCAGAAGAAUUUGAAAGAGAAGUGAUUCCUCCAAAAAAAUUUAUACGCUUUGAAGAACAAGAUGAAGCACAAAAGAAAAGACUUACUUCAAAAUUCGAAGCCAAAUCUUGCCCCAAGAAGGCUACUGAUAAACCAGCCAAAGUAUUGAAACAUGAUGACUUAGUUGAAACCUUAGAGGCUAAAGCCUGUCAUAUCCCUAAGAUACCAGGCCCUGGUAGAAUUCCUAAGGGACAUGAAUAUGCCUAUACUUUAGAUGAAGUUAAUUCCAAAAAUGAGCUUAUUUUGCAGCCUUGCUUUUUGGCAACUGAAGAACUGAAAAAAAUGGGACUGCCUAGCUAUGCUGGUUCAGCUUCCCGUAAAAAUCUUGUCAUAACCCCCAAAAUUGCAACACUUUAAUUCUGGAGACUUGUUUCAAGAGAGAUAACAAUAAAGUAAAUGAAUCAAUUGGUUUUGUAUUAA